GAGGGCGGCUAGGCCUCUGCGCAUGCGCAGAAGAGCGACGCGGCAGUGCAGAAGCCAUGAAGAUUAACCAGAACACUGUGCUGCAAGGACAGAGGGUGACCCUGGUGCCAUACACUUCUGCACAUGUGCCCCGGUACCACGAGUGGAUGCAGUCGGAGGAGCUGCAGCGCCUGACGGCCUCAGAGCCGCUCAGCCUGGAGCAGGAGUAUGAGAUGCAGCGCAGCUGGAGGGACGACACAGACAAGUGCACCUUCAUCGUGCUGGACAGGGAGCAGUGGCGUGGGCAGGACCAGGACUGCAUGGUGGGGGACGUCAACCUCUUCCUCACGGACCCUGAGGAUCCCAGUUUGGCCGAGGUUGAAAUCAUGAUUGCAGAACCUGGCUACCGUGGCAGAGGGUUCGGCAAGGAGGCAACACUGAUGAUGAUGUCCUAUGGAGUGAGAAACCUGGGGAUCACCAAAUUUGAGGCUAAGAUUGGUCAGGAGAAUGAAGCCAGUAUCUGCCUGUUCAAAAAGCUCCAUUUUAAGGAGGUUGCUGCCAACAGUGUUUUCCAAGAGGUGACACUGAGGCUGGAUGUCACUGACCAGGAGAGAAGGUGGCUCCUGGAACAGACAAACCACGUGGAGGAGAAGAACUACACAGAACUGAAGCUGCCAGCUGGGGUGCUGGAGAGCUGACAGGCACAAGCUUGGUUUCCAGGGAGGAGCUGGACGCUGUGGCGAGGGCUGGGUGUGGAGGACACCAGCCUCUUGACUGUUUUCCUCUGUCUCCUUUGGUUAUUUGGUCUUGUCAACUUUGCACCUUGUUGCAGCAGCCAGGAAGACUGCCUGAAAUUUGGACCUGGAGAACAGCUGCUAAUUCACAGGCUUGGCAAGAAAUGACUUUAACUUGUUGCAGCAGAGCCUAGAAUUUCCAGCAGUUAGUGAUUCUUGGGUGCCACCAGUUUCUGGAGAAGCAGCACCCACUGUUCUUUCUCCCACUGCCCUUCCAGCAGGACUCAGCAGCUUUAACAGAAGCAGUUCUCAGCAUGCUGGUAGCUCAGUCUGUUUUCUCCUGAAUAAAAAAGAGUGACAAAGGUUUGAGGUGCCCAAGCAGUCUGAGAGCAGUGGGGCUUGGCUGCUUGCUUUGGCCACCUAAAGGGUGAUGACCAGCUGAGAAGGACAGUUAAGGACUCUUUG